UUGCUGAGCUGUUACAGCCACACGGUGAACCCUCCGCCCCGGCCCGCCGCCAGCCCAGCGGGGAGAAGGACGGCGGGGCAGCGCAGGGCCGCACCUCCCCUUCACCGCGCAAGGCCCGCCCUCGCCGCGGCCGUUAGGGGCGAGCCCGGAGCCGGCGGCCGCCACAUGGGUCCGGCGCGGCCGCCUCGCCGCUGGCAGCGCCCCCGGGCCCGACCGGGGCUGGGGCUGCUCCUCUUGGCGCUGGCCGCGGCGGCCGGGGGCAGCGGGGAGGCGCCGGCAGCAGGUAGAAACUGUAGCUUUUUGCAGGAAAUGGAUGUCAUCCAGAAACGGGAUGAAAACUGUUACUGCUAUGUGCAAAACAGAACCAUUCACUUACAGUACGUUUGGUCGACUCUGCAGGUAACAGUUAACAGCAGAGAAACGUUCAGGAUUGAGCCUAUUUCAGAAAAGAGCAACUGUCGCAAUUCAGAAACUGUUUUUGAGUUUGCUGCAUGUGCUGUUCAAAUCUUGUGGAAACCUGAGACAUCUACAGAAACUUCUAUAAGCAUAAAACAAUAUGGAGAGGAUGUUUGUUUCAAAAUACAGCCCUUCAAAACCGAACCGUACACUGUGAGUGUGAAACGAGAAAUGCUAGAUGGAAAGCUCUUGUUUUUGUUUGUAGCUGGAAUUUUUCUGUUCCAUUUUGCAAACAGCCUGAGCAGGAGUACCAAGUUCUUUUACCUUUCUGGAAUAACACUGGGUGUUCUUGCUCUGCCAGUCUUUGUCCUGUUGACACUUAAAAGGUUUAUUCCAAGGCACAGUACCUUCUGGAUCUUAAUGAGUGGUUGCUUGAUGUCCUCUCUCUAUUUUAUUUACUGCUUCAAAGAGAAUAUGCAGUGGUUGUGGUCUGAACACAGAAACUACUUGUUGGGCUAUUUUCUGGCUGUUGGAAUUACCAGCUUUGCCACUUGCUAUCAGCACGGACCGCUUACCACUGAACUGAACAUAACCCUGUUCACGUGGACGCUACAAUUAACAGCCUUUGUCUUGAUUUACGGUGGUGUCACCAUACCUCAAGUUGCAUAUGCAGUAAUAGCAGUCAGCCUCUGUUCAAAAGGCCUGUGUUACCCCCUUGGUGCUGCUUGUCACAUAGGCAGAAAAAUGAAGAACCACUUUAAAUCAAAAAAGUUAGUAUUUAAAUACCUUACUGACGAGGAGUAUCGAGAACAAGGUGAAACAGAAACUAUCAGAGCUCUGGAGGAGCUACGUGCAUUCUGCAGGAACCCUGACUUCCCAUCGUGGUUAGCUGUAUCCAAGCUUCAGUCCCCACACAGGUUUGCGGGUUUUGUUCUGGGAUCUCCCCAUCUCUCACCUGCAGAAACAAAGGCACAUGAUGAGCAAUACGGCAUUGGGAGCUUCUUCCUGGAAGAGCAGCUCUUUGAGACAAGGGCAGAAUCUGAGCAAGAUGAUUCAGCCAAUUCCAUCCCUGAAGGAGAUGAGGAAGAGGAGGAUGAAGAUGAAAUGCAUAAACAAAUUUCAUUUCCAUAUGCUACUGAGCUGCUCUGAGCUUUGGGAAAUAACCAAAACAAGGAGAGAGGGAAAACACAUUCGUCCUAGAAAGGAAGGAUACAGACUGAGAACUCACGCUUGGUGAUUGCUUGUGGUUGCUGGUGGACAAACAAGGAUAUUUGAAAAAAUUGUUUCCUAUAUCACUGACAUUGCCUGAUGAGAGCAACAGAAGGAAAACAUAGAGGCUGUGAAGAGGAUUCUCAUGCUAUUGGUACUUAAACUGGGGAAGUAAACAUUGCUUAUUUGCAAAGCAAGUACUGCCAGCCUGUCCCACCAGGAUGCCUUGUUUUUCCAAGGAUACUACCUCUAGAGAGCUGGGAAUCUGGUUUGGCCCUUUUCAUUGUCUAGUCCUCUGUGCUGAGCACUAGAGGAAAGGGAAGCCAUUAUUAAUACUCUACUUUUACCAAGUACCCUAUAUGUCAACAAUUUUAGUAACGCUGUUAGUGUGCUGAUAAACUAUUUUUAUUGUUUGUGAGACUAUUCAGUGCUGAAGGUACCUAGAGAUACAUUAACACAGUUGAGUAAGGUUUGUUUGCUCUUCUGGCUAGGCUUGCUGUCUUUAGCUUCAUUUUGCCGCUCCGCAUUUGUUUUAUGCUCCUCUUACUCUUCAGAACCCUGCCUGAUUUUUCACCCUCUGCUCAUAUGGCUCUGUUCUUGGUCUCAGGUGUAGUUAUACUACACUUUGUUCUUUCCAUGUCUUUGUUUCGUCACAUACUCUUCUUCCCUCUUCUACAGGUCCCUCUCUGCUGAACCUUUCUUCAGUCCUCUGCUUCACCACCACUGACAACUACAGAUGAUUUAGGAGAUUUCCAUCCCUGAGUGCAUUUUGACUAUUGCUUUCAAUUUCACUGUCCCCUUACCUCAGAGGGGUACUGCCCUCCAUUCCUGGCCUCUCAGCAGCCCAGGGAAGGCAACAAAGGCUGAGGCUGUUUCAGCUGCUUGGAGAAACUGCUGUCAGCAGAGCUGGAGUGAUGCUGUAACCAUGUAAUUGGGAAUACAGAGAACCCACACAGAGCUCCACUGUCCCCAGAGUACUCGGCAAUUUGCUCAUUCAGUAAAAAGUGGAAAGUAACUCCCAGAAAAACAAGGAGGGAGGGAUACCUGGCUCCUAUCUCCCCUUUGGCCCUCUUUGGGACUUACCAUAGGAGGUGCGUGGGGACGAAAAGGAAAGAACAGGGAGAGAAGUUUAGACAGUCAACACAUCUUUCAGCCUAUGUAUUACACAAUCCUAGGCCAGGGAGUAGAUCGUGUCCCCUCAGUUCAUCCGCCCGCAGAGAUCAUUUCCUUGCUUUGUUCUUUAGACUAUCCCUAUGUUCUUCUUUCCUCACCUUGCUGUUUUCCUUUACUGUCUCCAAACUGCAGAAAACGAAAGACCAUUAAUUCUGUCACCAUCUGAUCUGACAAACCCACCAGCGUGGGUGGCGAGAAGCAGUUAGCCGCCCAGAAGGGCACCUCAGACCAGGACAGAUUUGUUUUCAAAGGGGUAUCUUUUCUUUGUAACACACCCAGUGUGCAUGCUGUGCAUGCAUGGUCAUGGUUUGUCAUUGUCCAUCGCUGGAGAAGAGAGACAAUCUGUUACCUGUAACAGUGCUAAGAAGCGCUGCUGUACCACAUUCCAAGAGCUUCUCUGUAUAAAACAGGACUGUGAGUUAGUACUCAAAAGCCUUAUUUACACCGGUCCUUCCUCCUUUACAUUGCUUCAACUUUGCUUCAUUUUAAAAGGAACUCGUCUAUUUUAAAGAGGUACUUUUGUGCCAUAAAUUUACAAAUGGAUAUGCAGAAUCUAUAGGAUGCUUAGACAGAAGCACUGUCAAGCAGGUGAUCCAAAAUACACUCACAGGGAAGUCCACAGCAUUCAAAAACAGAACAAGAGAGUUCUGUUCAGGAAGGCCACUAGCAGCAAGAGUCAACCUCGAAGAGAGGCUGCUACUACCCAGUUCACAGUUAAACUGCCACCCACACUCUCAAGUCAGGCUUGGCUCGGGGGGUUCUGUCACUAGCAAGAAGCCAGAAGCAUUAACUGUCGUGAGAACUGAGGAAAGCCUUAUUAUCUGUGAUGGUUUGGGAGAAGGACGGAAACUCCCCCCCAAACAGUGAUUUUAGUAGACUAAAGAUUUUUUUUUUUUAAUCUUUGCCUGUGUCGCCAUCAUGAAAAUUAAGUACUUAAAAUUAUUACAGAUUAGUCAAAACAGGAUACUUGAAGAGAUGUCUCAAUGUUAAAUGUUUUUUGCAUAUUUUAAAGUACACAGUUUUUUUCAGUGUAGUUUGUAAGAACUCCCAUCCAUGUGAUUUGAGGCCAAGGGACAGAAUCAGAUUUGUCCUAGCCUAACCCCAGUUUUUCUGUAUUUCCUCUCUUUACUGAGGUAAUGAUGAUUAUCCUUCAGUAAGUACAUAAUAUGCAUUUAUGUACAAUAGCCCAGAUAAUACGUUAAGGUAAUAUUUUACCUAAGCAAUGUGUUAAAUGGAAAAGCCCCCCCCCAAAAGGCAGUUAAGUUUUUCAGACACUGUCCCUUUUUCUAGAUUUAGAACAAUACCGAGUACACCUACUCCAACAAGGGGGGGGGGAGAAUAAUUGACCCACAUUUGAUGUAGUUAUGAAGUCCAUCAUUUGCCAGGGAUGCGUAAAUACUAUCCAAAGCAGAGCAGGGAAGUACUAACUACAUCCAGACAGAAGCACAGCAGCAUUUGAGAAAGACGACAACUACUUUAGCAGAUAGCUGAUAGUGACCUUAAAAAUCCUCCCAAGCCUGUUCCAACAUGGGAAGCAUUUCAUAAACAAACCCCACCAAAACCAGACGGCUGUCAUUUGAGCCCUUUGCCAACAGUGAGUUUACUUGCACAGUACUCCUGUGAUAUAUGGUGACUACAUAGGUUUACCGAAACACAAUUGUUAAGUACUGUCCAGUGUUCAGCCAGAAAAUCUGGGAGCACAAUCUAGAUGUUUAUCCACUGCCUUAACCGUUAUAAAAGCCUUUCUUCCUUAACAAAGGAUGUUACAUUUAUUUUCUGUUUUAUGGUGUUAAAAGUUAGAAUUUCCUAUUUAUUUUGUAUCCAUGGUACAGCAUACUCGAUAUACUGUCUUGUACUUUCAAGAUUUUUUUUUUUAAAUAAAAGUAUUUUUCAACU